GAGUUACAGGAAAGGGGAGUCCCCUCACCUACCAGUUCCCACAGAAUGCAUAACAACAGCACUACCCCUCAGCCCCACCUCUCUGCCCCUGUGGCCCCAAAUCCCCUCUGAAAGGGUUCUGGUUCAGAUAUCAACCUAGCAACUUAAAAAAUUUGAGUUGAGGUGCAGAGGGUAUGAAAGGCUUAGAUCAAAUAUACUGAGUUAGGCAGGAGCAGAAUGUCCCCAACACAAAAUAGCUAGGAAGUAAGUACCAUAGAUUGCCCCGUUUGGGGCUAGAGCAACCCAAGGGAUGAACUAAGUCUAUCCAGAGUUCUUGGAUUAGUCAUGGCAUUGAAGAGGAGGAGAAGACAGCACUGAGCUAUGCUGGCAGGGAGUCCGGAGUUUCUGGUUUUGAAGCUCAGGAAAGCAUGAGCCAGGGGAGGGGCCUCCACAUAGUGGGAGGGCAGGUAGCUGGGGCAGGGCCCUAGCUAGCUAGGCAGAGCUGCGCAAGCAGAGUCAACCCAGAACGGAAAGAAAGCAACAGGCUCCUGAAACUCUAGCAAGUGGACACUCUCCAACUUUGACCACUAAGAUACCACUCUUGCUCCAUUUGCCAUUCUGAGGCCUCUGCUUAUCCUGCACCCCAGAGAUGGAGUCACUCCUGGAAGUAAAAAUUGGCUGCCUGUUUGCCCUGUUGGCUAUCACUCUGACCUGUGGCCUUAUUCCCAUCUGCUUCAAGUGGUUCCAGAUUGCUGAAGCUACAGGUCGUCACCGCCGGGUCCUCAGCCUCCUGGGCUGCAUUUCAGCUGGUGUCUUCCUGGGAGCGGGGUUCAUGCAUAUGACUGCCGAAGCCCUGGAGGGAAUUGAAUCCGAAAUCCAGAAGUUUGAAGUGCAGAAUAGGACAGAAAUUAAGGGAAAUUCCUCUGAUGCUACUGAUUCAGCUCUUGAGCACUUUACCACUGAGUUUAUUUUGAGGCAAGGUCUUAAGUUGCCAAGAACUUGCUAAGACGCUGAGGCUGGCCUCAAGCUUAUGAUCCUCCUGCCUCAGCUCCUGAGUCACUGGGAUUACAGGUAUGUGCCUCCACCCCCAGCAAAGAAUCAAAUUCUUAAUUUGCCCCAAAGUUGACCUCCCUGUCCCAAAUUGAGUAGUUUGCCCCUCUCGCCACCACCCUCAGACCCCAACUCUCCCUCACUACCCCCAGAUUUUCUACUGACCACUGCAUCUUCAUGGGGUGCUUGGUCUCCUACCACCAACAUCACAGGGCAUCUACAGGCAUAGUUGGGGAGAAGUCAGUAAGCCCCUGACACUCCCUCACCCACCUCUUCCUAGCAAAGCAGCAGGAAAAAUGUCUGACUCUAAAGAGAAAACAGCCUCUUUCCCUCUGCUAACCCCACCAAGAAGAGUCAAAGAGGGAAGACUUUACCAAAUAUAAUGGGACAAGAGAUGACAGAGAAAUUCCCUGACAAAAACUCUCCUUGUAAGGGAUACAAACACCUAGGGAAGAUCCAGGGAGAGAGGCAAAGCCUUAUUUCUUAAGUCUUACUUGAGGGUGAUUUCACUUCCACGCUCAAAGUUCAGAUCUCGGCGGCUAGAGAGGGGUUCAAAGAAUAGAAAUUUUAGACAGGCAAUGCGAUCCAUCCAGAUAUAAGCUCUCCCUCUGUGAGAAAGCCAUCUUCCUUCUUUAUGAUCAAAUAUUGAUAAUUUAAGGUAGAAACCAAAGGAGAAGAGAGCCAGCAGAUCCCAAGCAAAACUGCUGUGAUCACCUAUGCCCUAUAUCCCUGAUCAGAGGGCAGCAAAGAGGGAAGAAGGGCACAAGAACAAGAGAUCAUAUUAUCUCUGAGAAUCCAAAAAUCCAUGGGAGGUAAACAAAAGAAAGGGGACAGUGCCUCACAAUUCUUCCUUCUCGGUCUGUCCUGAGCUGCCCAAGCUGCACACCAAACCCUGCCCUCCUCCCACACUGCAUACUUCUCAGACUCCCCUGCCUCCUCUGUACCUCCCAUGCCCCCCAGUUCCCACUAUUAAUUUCUCUCACAUGCACACACACACAGCCCACUCACUUGUUGUAGCUGUUCCAGUAGAGUUCAAUGUUCUCCAGGUUGGGUGCAUGUGUAAUGAUAUUCCUAUACUUUUGUAUCAACUCUGAAUUUCCAGACAACUCUUCCUGAAGGACAGACAGGAGAUAACUUAGGGUUAAAAAGAGAAGCAAGCAACCACUGCAUAAGAGGCAAGC